AUGCCACCAAUAGUCAUGACCGACAAAAAGGCAGCUUUUAACUUCCCGGGAUAUAUCUGUGGUCGAUGGAAAUCAAUUAAACAUAUCACGGUCAAUUUCGGUGGACAAGUUAUUACCGUCCCGGAACGCAUCGCCAUGGAAACGACGGCAAUAGAGUGCAAUAUAAUGAGACAGUCGAAGCGAUGCAAUGAGAGCCCAAUGAUGAAAUCAGAAAACAAAUGGAUAUUUAACCAAGAGCCGAAGGACGUAGGAUAUUGGCUAAGAACCACCACUGUGGUUAAAGUCAACUGUAUGUUAGAAGAAGUCGUCCUUUCCCGAAUUGAUAAAGGAGACAUGAUGAGCACGCCACUAGGAAAAGCAAACGUAUCCCAUGGAUCCCUAUCCCAUAACCAUCUAACAUUAUUUUGGAUCGACACCUACGGGAAACCAACUGAUACCGCAAUCCGACAAUUAGAGAAAGGCGUGGGAUUCUGGUACGAAUCUUCAACGAACGGGACCUCGAUCCUCCAAGACGACUCCAAACAGUUGGACUUUAACGUGCAUUACCGUACAAUCCGCCAUCAAGGAAAUUGUGACAAAAAAAAUGACUCCUUCGAUAUCAACAUCCGACAAAACGCAAGAAUCCAGGAUUUGGAGAACACCGCCAUUCGUCACGAAAAUGAACUCAUGCGCGUCAUCCAGAGCAAGCAGUGUGCCCAACGACGUGCUAAAAACGCACAAGCCGUGUCAACCGCCCAAUAUAAUGGAUGGCUUGCAGCCGCACAGCUGGGUCUUUGGAAAUGCAUCAAACUGAUCGCCACCGGAAAAAUUGUCUCAGCCCUAAAAUGCACCCCUACAACAGUAAAUUUCACGACGGAUACAACCACUGGUGAACCUCAACCACGGUUCAACCAUUUCACCAUUGCCCGGUCCAGUUGGGAACUCACUGCUUUCACGCCAUGCUACUGUGCUGGAAGUAUCGUGAAUUUCAACGACAAACCUCACGCCUACCGCAAUAACACGUGGCAACCGGUCAAAGCAUUCGUCGUCAUCCCACAGCGCGAUUUGGCUGACGCUUUCCGAUACCAAGACGUCAAUUUCUUCGAAUACCAACAUCAAACCAAUCUCGCUUAUACGGAAGUCCUCAUUAGCCCGAUGGAUAUAAUGGCUGAUAUCACAGCCUCCAUGAACGAACACUCCAUGACUGGUCCCAAUCAAAUUGCAGGGACAUUGGCUAUCGUCGUAUCCGCCGCCGAAAAAGCAAGUCUCGGAACCUUUACCAAUUGGUUCGAGAAUUUUAAAGUCUACUCAUUCAUCAUCCUGCUCAUCGCUAUCUUCCUACUGAUCGCUCGCGCUUGUUACGCCCUCGGAUUUUGUGGUUUGAUAUGGAAAUGUUGUUGUAAACCCCCACGUCCUCCCCCUACGGCGGUUUUCCAGCCGAGGAGCAGCCGAUCCACAGGUCCCUGA